CCAUUAAAAAUUCGAAAAAAAGUUUAGAUGCUUCGUGUGGAGCGUGUGGAGUGAUGAAAAUUUUGUUUUCAAUUUAAAUUAGGGAGUCACAUUUCUAAUUAGCUUUUUUUCACGAGUAAUUCAUGUGGAGUGAAUGUGUGAAUGAUGACUUCAGUGAUUUUCAUGCAUGUUUGAGAGUGAUUUAUCGUUUCACAUUUUUCUGUCUUUCAAGAGCCUUUAAAAUUCGUUCCCAAUAAAAGUCAUGAGCACAAUUUCCUCCGCCAUAAUGACGCAAGCACAAACAAUGGAAACAGUCGAAGAUAGAAUUGUUGAAGUCAUUCCUACACCCGAAGAAAGCGGUUCAGUACAAAUGCCCACUAACAUAUUGCCCAUUGGUAGCAAAAACAAUGUAGCUGUCGCUAAAUCUUUGAGCGCCCUCGAGCAUGAGGAAGGAGAAAUCGAGGGAACUGAUGAAGAAAUGGGUGUUCUUGAAUACGAGGAUAUCAGUUCGGAAGAAGAGUUUUCUAUUCGCGAACGUAUUGCACAGUUAGAAGCUAUGGAUAGCGAGAUAAGCCAGCUUACUGGAAAUGAAAAUAGGAGGCUUCAUGUUAAAGAUAAGCUCCUGAUGACAGUACAAGACGGAAAGGAAAACUUUGAGUGUAUUUCGGAUGAUGAGGAUGUUGAGUUGUACUUAAACCGGUAUGAACCUGUACCCAAGCCAAAACUGUUACCAACUCGACGAACACUUAGACCGUCACGUUCUGUAUCACAGUCUUUAAGAUCAGGUAUAAAACGGCACAUUUCCGAGAGGUCAAGGAGGAAAGUUGCAAAACGCAAACACGGACAAUCAGCAUUGCGCAAGGCAUCAUUGCAUCGCAGGCAUAAACGGCGGAAGCAUACUGUUAGCAGUUCAGUUGUAAACGUAAAAGAUUCAUCUGAUUCCGAAGUAGAUUUUCCCUUGGACAGGGCAAGGCUGCAGGCGGCAUGUAAUAUUAAUAGUAGAAAACGAAAGACUGAUAAGGAAAAUUGGGAUGCCCUAAAACAAAAACUGAAAUUAUCAAUUCAAAGGCGGAGAAAAAAGAGCGAAAGUUAUGAUGUAGAAAUAGUACAGAACGAUCCAGUAAUUUUGGACGACGAUGAUGAUGAGGAUGAGGAAGUAUUACAACUACGAUUGCAAGCACUGAAGACCAAAGCAGAAGUUAAGGAUACAGGGUUUAUUGAUCUUAUGGAAGAUUCUUUGCCCCAAAAAACAAUAGCAGAAGAGCAAGAAUUGAGGUUAUUGGCUUUACAAUCGACCUUUACAAAGAAACAUCAAAUAAGGCUCCAGAAACGACAAGCAGAUCGACCGUACUCGCCAUCUGACGAUAUUCCGUUAUUGCUGUCUCCUGCGGAAGAGUAUCCCAUUUCGACCCAUAAAAUCACCAAUAUUGAUGAUGAUAUCCAAAUCAUAGAAACUCAACCGGAAACUGUUGAGAUAAUCGAUAGCUCGUCAGAAAAUGAGGACCAAAUGGAUCUUAGCCCAACGGAGAGUACAGAAAGCCCGAAAUCGCCUGAUGAGAAGCCAAAAGUUGUUUCAAGCACAAUAUGCCAAAGUCCGUCAUCUGAGAUCCAUUCUGAUCAGUAUGCUUCUAUAGAAACAACUAUUCCUGAACCACCUCCCCCACCGAUAAUAGGUAACAUAAAAAUAACUGCUCCGGAAGAUGAAGACGAAGAAGCACUGCGCAAUCAAUUACUGUCUACUCUUUCAGCGUCCACUUUAAAGUCUAGUUCCAAUUUACCAACAAGCCGCCCUUUGACCCCAGAUUCAAUGGUAGAAGAAGAAGCAGAAGCUUUGCGAGAGUUGAUCCUCUCUAAGAUGCACAAAAAAGUCACCACUAAGCAUCUAGGAAAUGCCCAUACUUCUCCGCAAGCUGCAGAAUUUACCAGUCAAGAUGAUGCCAAAGACAUUCCACACGAAAUUUCUGCUGCUUUUAAUGAGCCUUCAACUGACUUGAUCGACACGUCUCAAACGGGAGCUGUUCCUUCGUCUUCUGUAGCUACCAGCAAUAUGAGCAUAAAUCAAUCGCGGGCUCCGAUAAAUCCUAAUUUGAUUACGCUUAUCGGGAAGCAAAAAAUAACUCGUAAAAAACGGAAGAAAUCUCAAACAGCUAUUCAAAACAGAGCAGCAAAGAAAGCACUUGCUACAUUAGCAGUAGUGGUACCACCACCUGCCAGAACUUUGGUGAAGGCUACCGUAGUACAACUUCCUCCACCGAUGCCCCUGUCACUGCCAUUGGUAUCUACAACAAAACUGGUCAAUAAUCCAAACAAACUGAUCAAUUUAAACGCUCCAUUACUCGUCCACUCUCCCAAAGAACGCUCCGCAACAGUGGAAACAUUUGUUCAAAAACCUGUACGAAAAUUAAUUAUACAAGUAGGGAAUUCAGAUUCAGAUUCGGAUUCGGAUUACUAUCCAGUACCAGAUACUGAACCGGCACCAAGGGAUGUCGAACGUCUUCGUGAUUCAUUUUUACGUGAUAUCGAUAAUGCCAGCCCAUCACGAAUUAUGUUAGAAAGUCCUGCUUACUCACCUGUCCCAAUCGAGAACAACACGGAACAGGAUGGCGGUUCGCUAGUUACUGUUGAACCCCCAAUGAUUACUACCAAAGCCAGUGAUAGUGGAAGCAAUCAGGCGGCAUUUGAGCAAAGACUCGAUCACUUUUUGAAAUCAGUCCGAAGUAAGAUAGAUAACAAUCAAAAAGCUAGCAAUUGUGGUGAUGCAACUUUAAUACAAGCGGACGUGAUACCUCCAGUUGGUGGCAGUUCUAUUGGCUUGGGUGCGGCUGAGAAUGUCCCAAAGAGAUUGACGAUUGCAUCAAUACCUACCACGCCAUCGGCCGUCCGUCAUUUACCCAAGUCAGCGCAGCUGGAAUACAAACGUCUGGUGGCAAGAAUGGCCCAGCUCGAGAGACAAAAACAAAUUCGUAUGGUGGUAGUCAAUAAGGAACGUAUAACUAGUAAACGUCCUCCUCCUUUGACAAAAACAAUAGUUAAUACAGGGUCGUUGGAUGUAGGUGCAUCUAAAAACCAUGAACUUGUUGUAACCGUCAACCAUGAUAAAAGAGAUGUGUUAGACAUGUCCAAUCCUAGCACUAUAUCUCGAAAUAAUGUAGCAUCUAUGACACGUGAUUGUGAUACGCUCUUCAAGCGAGUUCUUAUUAAUAAUACAGUCAUAGCAGAAAGCAAGACCAAUCCACAGGAUGACACAGCACAAAAUCAACAGAAACCAUUUUCAUCCACUAAGACCAAAGACGACUCUAGUGAAACUAAUACAGAACUACCUCUUAUGGAAAGUAAAGAAAAGACAUAUCCUGCCAGUCCAAAUCGCAUAAUUGGAGCUGCUCAAACAGAUCAAGAAAUAAGUACCCUGCGUGAGGCAUUGCGUAGAUUAUCAACUAUCAAGGAGGAGGACCGGAAGAGAGUGUUGUCAAUUGCCGAGUACCGCUCAGAAAAGCAUAGCCAAAAGUUCCACAAAGAACUACAAGAUCUAAUUGUUACGGUGGAGAAUGCCCAACAUGAGCGGCAGAAGCAGUACGAUCUAGAGAAUAAGGUUGCUUUCCUAAAAGAGAAGCUGAUGGUGCUUGAACGAGCUCUUACACUACACAAAGGUCGUAUUGCUCAGUUGUUUCCUGCACUCCAGCAAUCUCACAGUAAAGUGAUGCAAAGCCGAAAGAAAUCGAUGGAGCUUAACAAUUUGUGUCUCGAAAUCGGACGAAUAGUUGAGGGCCAGAGUUAUGACACCCCAUCGACUGUGCGUAAUGAAAUUCACGAGCAACUAAAAAUUCUAACUACCGAAACCAAACGACUGAAAAAUAUGAAAAGGCUCUCGUUUGAAGAAUUUAAAAAAAUCACUGCUGAUCAUCGUCAACAGCAAUUAGAGAAACGACAAAAAUCUACUAUUAACGAAACUUUGCUUGAAGCUUCUCAGAAUACCAUUAGUACAACCGAGCAAAUCACUACGAUUACUCAAACAACUGUUACAGAAGAACAAUCCUAUGACCAGCAAUUAAUAGAAACGGAAAUAGUGAGUAAUCAACAACCAAAAACUGAACCUACACUCAAAAGUACAAGUCCGUCCACUGUACUUAAUCAGAGUCGCGAAGUUUCACUGCAAAAAGCAUCUGUGACUCAGAUUGGGAAACAAACAUGCUUUGCGACUUAUUCCUCGCCUCUAGUGUCUCUAAAGGAUCAAAGUGCUUUAAACAUUCCGGACGGUGUUAUCUGUCCCUAUCAGAUGCGUGGAGAAUGUGUCGAUCAGGAUUGUAAAUUUGAACAUUUUCAGUAGUGUAUGUGCAUUAUAGUUUCUUCCUACUACUAAAACGAAACAAGCCAUGCUGCAAUCCCAUAUCCUAUGUUGAGCAACAGUGUUGUCCAAGCCCGCUAUCGAUUCAUAUCAACAUUUCUAACGGCUCGUUUAGUAUUUUCAGAACCCUUUCUAAUUUCUAUUUUUCACACUUCCCUUUGCUGCACAGAAAAGAACGCAAAAGAAAAUUAGUGUUUCAAACUUCUGCAUACAAACAAAUGUUUGCGGUAGUAUCGCUGGAAGCUAAACCAAACUUAGGAGUGGUAUUAUUAGUACAUUGUGCUUCAGUGUGUUUCUACAAUUGUAUAGAUUUCGGAGAAUGCGUUAUCCUUGUGCUCGAAGUAACCGCGUGGCGUAACAAGCGCAUGCUCGGGCGGGCAUGCGGAGUCAAAAAUAUUUCAGUGAUGUUAGAUUUGCCAUACAAUUUUAGUUUAUGUUUGGGUUUUGUGUUAUAUUACAUUUAUUAUUACAAUCAAUUCAAGUUAAAAAAAAAAAGUUUUCGAAGUUCAUAGUUUUAAGUUUUCAAAACUGGUCAGUUCAACGACCGCUGAUGUUGUGUUGCAAAGAAAUGAACUUAUUACGUUAGUGUAUAGAUAUACUGGAUAUAUUCAACUAAAAUGUUAGCGGAAGUAUGAAUAAAAAAAUUAAAUAUUAAUUUGAAAACUAACAAA